AUGGACAAGAUACAACAGCCUCCUCAUCCGCAGAUGACAGGGCAGGCGGGCGCAGAGGGCGAGAUCGGGCGGCAGGAACGCGAGGAAGAGUUUGAAUUCUACCAGGCUUUUGCGGCCGAGAGCGUCAAGGGCGUGGUGCACAUGAUCACGCUGCAGCUGAAGGCGGAGGGCGUGGCGGACAGCUACGUGCUUCUGCCGUUCCGGCCGGAACACGCGAACCGGAAACUGCUGGCGUUUUUGAACGCUGUAUUUCCGCUGGGCAACGGGCAGGCGGUGCCGCGCGCGAAGGCGCGGCACGUGAUCGGGGAGACGGACUCGUGGACGCUGGUGCAGGCGUUGAAGUACAUCUGGUGCCGGCUGCCGGGCGAGCAGGUGAUCGGCUGGGAGACAUACUGGCGAUUCCGCGCGGAGGAGAGGAAGCUGGGCUAUCCGAGCGACGCGUUCAUGCAAGUGCUGCCCGGGUGCCUAUCGUCCUCGAGCCAUGCGUCGAUCGUGUACGACUUUUUUGAUCUGCUGGUGGCCGUUGCGGCAAACGUCUCGGAAAACCGCAUGAGCGGUCGGAAGGUGGCCAAAAUGAGCGCGAUAUGGGCGUUUGGGGACUACAGGCACCCCGACGGCGGAGGCAACAACUCGUUCCAGGAGGGCCUGGCCCAAUGGAGGCGCGGGGCGAACGCGAUGUUCCACCUGUUUCUUGCCUUCCUGCGUGCGUUUGCCGUGGACGAACAGAAAAGCGGGAAGUUCACCAGGGAACUGGAGGCGAUUUUGUUCCAGAACGCCUACCCGCCGCCGGAAGACCUGCAGGAGGACCCCGCCAAGCUCAUCUCCGUGCCAGUGCUCACGCUGAAGACGGACCGGUUCUCGCGGAAACCAUGGGAGCUCUUCGAGCGUUGUAACUCCUUGUUUCAGACGGCGGGCCAUUACGGCGGGCCCCUUGAGGACUACACCUUGUUGCAGUCGCUGUUCAUGAGGAAGAACCAGGCCAAUGCGCUCAGCAAGAAAAUGACAGGCGAGACGCGGCGCCUACUGAAGGAGAUGAGCACGAAGCAUUCAACUUUCCAAGCUGGCUGGGGUAACAGGAAUCCCCUUCCCAACAGGCUCAAUCUCACAGAGUCCAUCAGCUGGACGCGGACCGAAAUCAGCGAUUACUUCAUCUGGACGUGGAUGUCUACACUUUCGCACGAACAGAUUUCGUCCAAAAAGAAGAUAUUUGGGAGAUCCUUCAUUGCCGAGUUCGAAUUGGACGGAUUUAAGAAGUGCAUCAUAGUGGAAGAGUCAGAUAUAACCUUGGACCGCAUGAGAACCGGUGCGCCCGCUACAGAGCCCGAGAAGGCUACCGCGAACGUCAUGGCCUCGCCCAACGAGCUGCAUCUCAGCCCCGGGUACCUGAAGUUCCAAGAGAGCGUGGAAGAUGCUUCCAAAUCCGCGUCUCCUCCGGACAUAGACCCUUCGCAUCGCCAAAGCAGCAGUAGUUAUAGCAGCAGGUGCAGCGUAAGAAGCAGGGGCAGCAGGGGCAGCAACGGCAAACCCUACAGUAAUAACAGUAGCACUAGUAGCAGAUGCAGUAUCAACGGAAACGGCCACACUGCCGCCUACUCUACGAUUGCUCUGCCAAAGCGGCAGAUGAACACCAAACCAGCAACACCCUCUUCCUGUGGGAACAGCCCAGCUUCCUUGGCAGGGCCCGGGUUCACGAUAACGACCUCGUCGAACUAUGAUACAGAAAGCGAAAGGAGCCUGCAUAUUGAGUCUGAUAUAUCGGUAAUCCGUGCCCCCAACACGGAGCUGCCGCCCUGUUCGCCAUUGUCCGCGGACGUUCCACAGCGCAAGAGCUACCUGGAUGCAAGUGGCAGGUUCGACAGAGACAUGGACCGCCUGCUGCAGCGGACCGAUGCCCUGAACCUACAGGGCCAGGCGGCACCUGCGGGACGGCGGCCAAACGAGUACAUGGGUAGGGAGGCGAUUCCAGAGAAACCACGGUCUUACGACCUGCUACAGCCCGCGCAGAGCAGCAAGAACUUCUACGCUGGGCUGGACACAGGAAGCAGCGUCAUGCUGGCCACAGAGAGCUGUGUCAUGGGCAAAGAACUCCCGGAGUCCGGCAGUCAGGGCCGGAGUACAGGCGGAGCGUCGUGGAUGCCCCAUUCAAACAACGUAGCGGACGAAUCAUUUGUAAGCAGCAGUAGUGGAGGCACACAGGCAACUCCGAGGACGACACAGGCGCCAUCGGACCCUUCGUUUUUGCAAGGCAGGGCUCAAUGGCAGAGACCCGCACAGGUGCCGAAAGGCAGUGCCCACCGGAACCCUUAUGGCACGGCGUGCAACAAUUUCGCUGGAGAGGAAGGCGCCCCGAGCCAGCUAACAGUCGGCAACCGCUCGCCACCGGACCCAUCGCCGCCGGCCCACGUACAGGGCGCUGCAGCAGAAGACGCACUGGGUAGCCCGGGCUUCGCAGCUCCCAGGCACAAACGGCAGUCGGCACUGGCGGCCACAGGGUACACGCACAGCACCUCGGCCUCGUCCGAAUACGUCGGUCCGGCGACCGCAAGCUCCGACGUCCGUCGCCCCUACACAUACUAUGACGUUCCGCCGGGCCGCGCGUCGCCGCCGUCUCCACAGAAGCUCGAUCCCGCGCAAACGUCCCAUGUAAGAAUGCCCCCGCAGCUGGCCGCGGUGCGCACCCUGCAGGCCGCCUCCGGCGGAGAUACCGCCGCGCCCCACACUUACCAGCACGUGGGGCAGGCGUACGACCAGACGGCCUACCAGCAGCGCUCCCCGCCCGAAAGCCCCUCGUUGCCAGAGCAGGCGUACGUGCCAGAGCAGGCGUACGCGCCAGAGCAGGCGUACGCGCCAGAGCAGGCGUACGCGGCGGCACAUGCGCCGCGUCGCAGCACACACGGCUUCCCCAACCAUCCGCAGAUGCUGCAGCCGCAUUCCCAACGCCAUCCCUACGCGCUAAGCCAUGGCUCCCCCACGCACCACCCGAGCCAUGCGGUGCCUUCAGUGUAUCCCGAACCACAGAGCUUCGGGCGGCCGACCUCAGCCGCCUCCGCGCCAAAAACACACUUACCUAAUGCAGCGAGGCCAGCCUCGCCCGUGAAGGCUGAUCCCAUGGCAACUACGCAACAGCCACACGGAAAUGCAGUGCCUAUGAACUAUGCACCCGUUGUCCUGCCUUCAAACAGGCUCCAUGGAGGCAACAUGACGAAACAGCAGGGCAGGAAACAGCUCUACAAGGACAUCCGAGACGGCAAUUUCGGCCUGUGA